GCAGGUGGCUAGGGAUUUCUGCUGGGAAGCAUCACAAGAAGGGAAGGGAAGGGAAGGCUUCUUUGAAGAAUCUGAGUCAGUAACUCCAGCAAGAGAAGGCACUAGUACAGGUUGCAUGAGCAAUUAAAGAUGGCAAAAAGUGAUGAUGGCAUACGCAUCUUCCAGGGUCUAUUAGUCUUUGGGAAUGUGGUCAUUGGGAUGUGUGGCAUUGCCCUGACAGCAGAGUGCAUCUUCUUUGUGUCUGAUCCCCAUGGUCUCUACCCACUGCUGGAAGCCACAGAAAAUGAUGACAUCUAUGCUGCUGCCUGGAUUGGCAUCUUUGUUGGCUUUGCACUCUUUGCUCUGUCUAUCCUUGGUAUCAUUGCAGUCAUCAAGUCCAGCAGGACCUUGCUGCUGGUGUAUAUUAUUCUGAUGCUGAUAACUUAUGCAUUUGAAAUGGCUUCUUGCAUCACGGCAGCGACUCAGCGAGACUUUCUCACUCCAAAUCUCUUCUUAAAGCAAAUGCUGGAGAGGUAUCAGAAGUCAGAGACAGACAAUAACAAUGACAAGUGGAUGUCCGAUGGGGUCACAGCCACAUGGAAUAGACUCAUGCUUCAGAACCAGUGCUGCGGGGUGCUGGGCCCCUCUGACUGGCAAGACUACACGUCUGCCUUCCGCAAGAAUCACAGCGAUGCUGACUACCCUUGGCCACGCAACUGCUGUGUCCUGGAUGCCCAAGGCUCUCCCAUCAACCUUGAUGGCUGCAAGCUUGGAGUUCCUGGCUACUAUAACAGCAACGGUUGCUAUGACGUUAUUUCUGCACCAAUGAACACACAUGCCUGGGGUGUUGCCUGGUUUGGUUUUGCCAUCCUCUGCUGGACUUUCUGCGUCCUCCUUGGUACCAUGUUCUACUGGAGUAGACUUGAGUACUGAAGACCCAGUGUCCUCAGCACUGUCCUGAAGUACCACGUGAAACUGAUUUGUUCGUCUCCCGCUUCAUUCUCCUUGUGCCAAGGAGGAUUUGAGGUUUUCCCACUACCUCUCUCAUAUCUACUUUUGCCCAGUCCAAAAACUUGACAAACUGAGCUGGUAACUCCAAGAAAGGAUCUUCUUGUCCCUUCUUUGCCCCUUGUUCUCCAGCCCUAAUGCCUCCUGACCGAGGCACAAUCCUUUCACUGUGCAAGAAAUCCUUGGGCCAUAAGAUAAGAAAUGAUGACAUCAGAAAAAGAAAUGUCCAUAUACACUUGCUUCAGAAAAAAAUCUCUCUCUAAAAAUAGGUUGAACGUAAAUCAUAAUGUUAAAGGCUCCGGCAAAGAGCAAAAUGUGAGCAAAACUGUAACCUUCUGUGACCAAUAAAGAUGGAUGCUACAAGGGAGAAGACUGCAGACCUCUCUAACGUAUUUUGUCAUUCAACUUCUGUUCCUAGUCUCUAUCACCCUUUGCCUUAGAAUAAGACAGGUUCUCUAAGAGUUUAAGUGUGACAGAAGCAAAGACAUGUCACAGACAAAAAGUGUGUUGCUAGUCAAGCCCCAUAAAAGGCUAGCUCACUCCUCAACAAUAUGCUGCCUAGAUUCAAGCCUACCUCCUGUCACUAAUGAAACUGCUGCAUGUGCUCCUAACUUCAGAAGUGCCAGUCCAGGAAAAGCUCCACUUGCUAACAAGCGACUCCUUCAAAAAGCUGUUAUGCACUUCACACAAGCUUUCACACACCUACAGGCUAGAAUUUGUGCAGAACAUGAGAGGUCCUAUGCUGUAGUUGGCUUUGUGAAAGUUGUUGUCCUAUGCCUCUAGAUUACCACGCUUCUUGCUUCAGCCACCUGCAUAUUCCCUGUGUAUUUUCCCAUCUACAUCCCUGGAUCGAGUAGGACAAAAGGCAAAUAAUGGCAACAAGUGAAUAAUACAAGCAACAAAGCACCUGAACCAAAUCCAAUCCUUGCAUGAGCAGUUGCAGUUCUCACUCAGUUCCAUACAGGCUGCUUACUCUGGCCCAGACGGAUCUGCUGUCUUUACUUCAGUAGUUACAUGAAUCAUGUGAAAUAUGCUCCUGUAUAGAGUGUUUUAAGGUGAAGCCUGUUCCCAGGGUGUACUGGUUCAGAACCUGACUCUUGCCUCCUGUCUUGAUUCUUUGGUUUUGUAUA